ACAGUUCACAAGUGACUAUGUCAUGGUUAGCCUAUUUGUGAUAUUAGAAAUCAGAUACAUUAACCAAAAUUUCUAAAUGCUAUGACUUUGUGAUUAAUUCAUAAGGUCACUUGCUAAAAGCACAAUCCUUUCCCAGACGAUUUUAUUUAGUUUCCUAAAACACUUUCACCUUACACAAAAUUCCUCCCUAAAGCCUGCCCCUACCACAUCCCCAACCCCGUAUGGGGGCCACAAUCUUAGCUCAGAGGCAUGGAAAGAACCGAGAAAACAAAGUCAGUUAAGAUAUCCUGUCUCGGGCGGAAGUAGAAAACAGAAGGGAAAUCACAGCCGGGAGUAGGUGAAGAUGAGGGGGGAGGGGUCACUACGUUAAGACCAUCAGACACGUCACGAAUUGUAAACACUAAGGCUAUUUUUCUCCGUAACAUCCGGGCUGAGGUCUACCAACUCAGCCUCCAGACCAGCAGCUUCCGGCCACAGACGGAAAUCAUUCGCAAAAAGAGAAGGGGAGUACACAUAGAAAUCCCGCCCUCUCCGCCUAGCGAGACGGUGGCUCAAAGGAGUCACGCCGUGAGAAGCAGGUGUUCGCCUCCAAGCAGAAGUAAAAAUGUCAGCGCCAUCCAUGAAAGAAAGGCAAGUUUGUUGGGGAGCUCGCGAUGACUACUGGAAGUGCUUGGAUGAAAAUACCGAUGAUGCCUCUAAGUGUAAAAAAUUAAGAAGCAUUUUCGAAUCAAGCUGCCCCCAGCAGUGGAUUAAACAUUUUGAUAAAAGAAGAGAUUACUUAAAGUUCAAAGAAAAAUUUGAGGCUGGACAAUUUGAACCUUCAGAAAGAACAGCAACAUCAUAGUUCUUUGUUAAAACUAACAAACAAACUUACAAGACUUCUUUGUGGACAUUGAUAAAUAUUUCUUUGAAUACCAGAUUGCCUGAAUUAUGAAGUACGGCAUUUGCUCAGACUCAUUGUCAACACAGUUCUCCCGCUCUCAACAUUACUGGAAAUGAUCAAGAAUCUUGUUGGGUUAGAAUAUUUAAUUUAUCCAGGGAAUAACUUGAAUAAAGUGACAUAGAACACUUAA